AUGAACAACUUUAUGGACUAUUUCGUGACCAAAGAGAACUACACUAACCGCGGACAUUGGGCCAGGGCCAGACACGUUUCCGAGACUGAAAGCGAAUGUUCGGCCGCCGACCGAGCCGACGAAGCAGGUCGGCAAAAUGCCAACUCUCCGCCUUUGGCAAUGGGGCCUGUGCAGAACACCGAGGACGACGGGAUUUCGUUUUGCGAAUAUCACGACCUGCCGCCACCGCCGGAUGGUGGAUACGGUUGGGUCAUCGUGUUCGCCAGCUUCAUGUGCAACAUGGUUGUGGACGGAAUCGCUUACACCUUUGGAGUGUUCCUUGGCGAAUUCGUCACCUAUUUCGGAGAAGGCAAGGGCAAGACUGCUUGGGUCGGUAGCCUCCUGUCCGGAAUGUACCUCAGCGCAGGUCCUAUUGUCAGUGCUUUAACCAACAAAUACGGAUGUCGUGUAGUGUGUAUGGCAGGCAGUGUCAUCGCAUCCAUAGCCUUUGCGCUCAGUACACUAUCACCAAACGUCAAUGUCUUGAUGCUCACUUAUGGUUUUAUGGGUGGUAUUGGAUUUGGACUUAUCUAUUUGCCAGCUGUAGUAUGUGUUGGAUACUACUUUGAAACAAAGCGAUCAUUGGCCACCGGUAUUGCUGUAUGUGGUUCUGGUUUUGGUACCUUUGCUUUUGCACCCCUUGCCACUAUGCUUCUCAAAAACUUUGAUUGGAAAGUCUCAAAUUUGAUACUUGCUGGGAUGAUUUUGUCGUGUGCCUUGUUUGGUGCUUUAAUGAAGCCUCUAGAAUAUCCAAAUGAAGGCUGUAAACCAUUACUCCAAAGAAUGGCAGAUGAAAAGCGCAUGCAAAUGGAACGUGGUUCGAUAGGUGGAUCAUAUUUCAUUGUACAACUUAAAGAUGGGUCAUUAGAAAAAAGACAAAAGUUACCACUAAACAUUGAUCCUGGAGUUCAUUCAAGUUUUAACUUAGAUGAAUUGGUAGGUGGCACUGGAUCUCCUAUGACACCAAUACCAACCAUGGCAGUUUUACCUACAAUUAAAGAAGUAAAAGCUCCAGAACAGAGUGGAUCUAGCAAUAGUUCUAGCAAUGCUGGAAGUGGAGAAUUUAAAUCUGAUAAAAAAGACAAUAAAAUAGAAAACUCAAAACCAGAAGUACCUGAACAAAAUGGUGAAUCAAAUGGAAAUGGAGAGUUGACUGAAGUGAAGGCCGCCAUUCCAAGAAAUGCUUCUCAACCUGCAUUUACUACACACGUUCAAGGUUUACCAAAAAAUGGCUCAGUACCAUUUUUCGACCGUAUUCGAAAAACAAGUGCCAGCGAACGUUACCGACCUACUUUGGGGCCCAUAAAAGUGUCUCGACCUAAUCUCAGUUCAAAUGGAGAUAUUCGUAAAUCUAUACAUUUAAGAUUAUCAAAUGUAUCAAUACUUGGUAGUAAAAACAAUAACGCCGAAGAUAUGUGGUCAAAUGUGGAUACAGACAGUAUUGGAUACACUUCAUCUAAAACAAGCAUAAGAGGAAAAGAAACAGUUCGUCCAAUGUCCAGAAAAGAUAUCUUUUACUCGGGUAGUGUUUUGAAUUUACCCGAAUACCGAUCACAAAAAUCACUUGCCAGUUAUCGCCAAAGUAUUUUGUCGUUACCAAAAUCCAUGAUGAAAGAUAACGAUAAAGAUGAUGAUGACGAAAUAGACGAAGGUUGCUGUCCAUUUUUACCAGAAUCUAUUAACUCUGUAUUGUCUUCGAUGAUGGACACAAGUUUACUUAAAGAUCCUGUGUUUAUGAUAAUUGGCAUCAGCAAUGUAUUUGGCAUGGCUGGACUUUAUGUACCUUUUGUGUAUUUAGUAGAUGCUGCCAAAGAAUCUAGUUCACAUAUCGAUUCAAGUCAAGCAUCAUUUCUCCUGUCUAUUAUUGGUAUAACCAAUACCAUUGGGCGCGUAGUUUGUGGUUUUGUAGCCGAUUUCCCUUGGGUUGAUUCGCUGUUCCUCAAUAAUGUAUGUUUAUUAAUCAGUACAGCUGCUGUUGCUGCAACUCCUUUCUGUGUCACCUACACUCAUUAUGUUAUAAUGGCAGUCUUCUUUGGAAUUGCAGUCUCUGGCUACAUAUCAUUAACAUCCAUCAUUCUUGUGGAUCUAUUGGGUCUGGACAAGCUUACAAAUGCCUUUGGUCUUUUGAUAUUAUUCCGUGGGGCGGCCGCAAUUAUUGGAUCACCAUUAGCUGGUGCAGUAUAUGACUAUACAAAAUCAUAUGACUGGCCAUUCUUUAUGGCUGCUGUAUUCUUCCUGUUGUCUGCAAUAACUAGUUUUAUGGCAGCUCCGUUAAAACGUUAUUUGGACCAGAGACAGAUGGCCCUGCCUCAAGACGACGAUGAUGCGCUGACUCCAAUCGAUGAAGAUGAUGAAGAAGACGAUGAAGAGGAUGAAAACACACACCAUCAUCAUCACCAGGUCCCAACUAUCAUUGAAACAGCUCCUACCCCUAAUAAACCACCAUUGCAAGAAAUAAAGCAGAUAGAGUCUGUGGUUUAAAUUUAAUAAAAACUCUUAAUUUUAUUUUUUUUUACUUAAAAAUAUACGUCAACUAAUUUUAUAAGCAUUUACAUUUACACAAUUUUUUUUUUCUAUAUUUAGCUAUUCUCAAAUAAUAAACUAUGAGGAAUAUUUUUAAAUAUGUAAAUAAUUGUUUUAUUUCUUAAUAAUAAAAAUAUUUCCAUGUUAGUUAUCAACUAUAAGUAUGCCCAAAUGUAGAUGAACAUUAUUGUGUAAAUAAUAAUAAUUAAGAAACUUUUGACUAAUUUAAACAUUGAAUUAUAUAAGUAUUUUUUUAUUUUCUCUUAAUGUACUUUAAAAAAGUAAUUUUACAAUGAAAAAAAUAUGUGUAGAGUUAUAUAUUUAAAUUAUGAUUAUUUUUAAGAGCGUAGGCACACCAGAUUGCCACUUAAAACACAUGUAGAAGCUGUGAUAACUUCUUGAUUUAUAUUUUUAUCUAAGGGGCAUUUAAGUUGAUAGGAGACACUACAUUUGUUUUAACAGGUUUUACGAACUUGCGUGUUUUACUUUAAUAUUAAACGUAUACUUUUAAUACAUUUCAAUUUGCUUUUGUAAAUAAUAAUAUAAUAAUUUUGAAAACCA